AUUGUCUGCUAUGCUCUUUGCUACUAACAUGGAUCAGCUAUUUAAUAAUAAAAUCAUUAGCUCUAAUACAAGCUAUAUCAAAAAUUUAACAUCUAAGCAACAAUAUCAAGAGGCAGUUUCUAAUAAUAUGAGGCUAACAGAACCAAUUAUGAUAAAUAAAGAGAAUAAUAAUCAAG